UUGCUGGGAACUGGCAGAGGCGGGGGAUAGGAAGAAAACAGGACACGUUUUCACCAAGGCAAAGAGCAGGAACAACAAUAAUAUUCCAGGACUUUGGUCUUAAUGCCUGCAGGCCAAGUGUUUCAGUUGAUGAGCAUGCACAAGAAACACUAUUAAUACAUCAUCCCAUUGGCUCUUGCAGAGGUUUAUAGGGCUGGACAAGGAAAGAACAGACAGGGGUUAGGAUAGCCCUGAACAGCUCCCAAAAUGAGACGUAAUCAUCACAAAAGGAAGGCAGUGAUUGGGCACUGUAGGCUGUUCUGUGCUGAAGCUUGGAAGUAUCACAGACAGAGAGAAAGAAAAGGUUUAUUUGAGUUCAGACUGCCUAGGACGGAUGCAAAGAUGGGUCUCUCUACAAAAUAUUCUUAUCACCAAAUAAACCAUGGCGAUUCAACAAGUCGCCCAGAAACUGACCCCAGAAAUGUUUUACGAAGGUACCUGCUGCUGAAAUACAUCCAGUACCUGAUCCUGCCUUCUUCGAACUUCUUAGCCUCUGUGUUUGGAAUGCUGGGAAGCGUUUACACAGCAGUGGCCCUCCAGUCCCCUUCCAUCUCUCGCAAGUCCACCACAGUAUUCAUCUCCCACCUGGUUCAAGCAGAUGUGCUGGUCCUUAUCCAAAUCGCAGAGCUCCUCCAGGGCUACACGGAUGUCAAACUACUGGCUGGCCGGCCUAGCUUUCUGGAGGGCCUCUGUCACAACCUCCUGAACGCCAAUGAGCACGCAAGCUUGCUGCUACUCAGCUGCCUCAGUCUGGAGGUCCUGCUCAUCACUCUCUUGCCAGCUGAGUCACGGGGCCUCAGGACAGUUCGUUGGGCCCGGCUGGCCUGCACCCUGAUCUGGGUAGCCGUGCUGGGGGAGUUAGCCGUUCUACAGGCUGCAGAGAGCCUCCAGCGAGCAGGCCUCAGUUUCCAUGGAGACCACAGCCUGGUCUUCCCGCUGCUCCAGGGCUGUGUAUGGGCAGCCCCUCUCCUCCAGAUGGUCUCCCGAGUCCUAGGGGUCCUGCUGUGGCUUGGCAAUGCCUAUGUUUACUACCGAGUUUACUGCAGAGCACCUCUUAGGAGGAAAAGCUGUUGAUGAUUCCAAUAGCCCAUUAAAUGAAGACUACACUAAAGCAUUUUUGAAGUGAUUUAAUUGAAUUAUUAUUUAUUAUUAUAAUUAUUUUUUUAAAUUAUUUAUAUAUUUAUUUAUUCUAUUUCUGAUUUACUUGAGUGCUCCAUGAGUCAAUGGUUCAGCUGGAGUUUGACUACAGAUAUUAAUUUUAGUACAGAAAAAAAAAAUACUUUUGCCUCUUGAAAAAAAAUAUAGGCUACAAUACACUGAUUGGCCAUAAAAUGGGAGUAUAUGUAAGACUGCAAGUACAAUUAGAAAAUCUACCAGUCUACAAUGUAUGUUGAGACAUGAUGUGUCACGUGACCCAGAAGCCAUGUGUGAAAGCAGAAGGAUCUCAGUGACUCCACAAAGGGAAUAAUGGUGGGUGUUGGUCCAACUGACUUAUCCCCUAAUGCAGUAGCUGCAUUCACCAAAAAGGCCCAAAUCAGAGAAACCUUCAACACUGGACAAGACCUGAAAAAUGCAAAGGGAGCCCCAUGGUCCUGACAACUGUUAAAGUCAUUCUUAUAUCUUUUGGCCAUUAUAUUAGCAAUUAUUUUUAUAUAAGAACAUAAGAAAGUUUACAAAUGAGAGGAUACUUUUAAUAAGAACAAUCAUUAUUUAUUAUUUCCUGUAUAAAAAGUAAUUAACAUAAUCAAUAAAUAUUUUUU